AUGUCUGAUAGUGUCGAUAUUGAAGAGAAACCACCAGCCCCCCCCUUGAGAAUGAACAGUGGUUCCCGAGACUCUACAUCAGUGAAUCACGCAUCUAAACCGCUUCCAAUGGCUCCUGAAGAGAAAAACAAGAAAGUCCGCCUGCGCUCCAUCUUCCCAGGGGGAGACAAGACAAACAAGAAGAAGGAGAAGGAACGUCCCGAGAUAUCCCUACCCUCAGACUUUGAACACACCAUUCAUGUUGGCUUUGAUGCUGUAACAGGAGAAUUCACAGGGAUCCCAGAGCAGUGGGCUCGGCUCCUGCAAACCUCAAACAUCACUAAGCUGGAGCAGAAGAAGAACCCACAGGCUGUGUUAGACGUGUUAAAGUUUUACGACUCCAAAGAGACCGUCAACAAUCAGAAAUACAUGAGCUUCACCUCGGGAGACAAGACAGCCCACGGCUACAUAGCUGCAAACACUCUGAACCGACUGCUGUCUUCUGGGCCUCCUGUCAGCCUUAGAACCUGCAGCGCAUUAUUUGACAAGGGUGCCAAAACAUCAUCAACAGAACCUCCAAUUGCUCCGCCUGUGUCCGAAGAGGAGGACGAGGAGGAGGAGGAAGAGGAGGAGGAAGAAGAGGAUGAGGAUGAUGAUGAUGAGCCUCCUCCGGUCAUUGCCCCUCGACCUGAACACACCAAAUCUAUCUAUACACGCUCUGUCAUGGAACCAACAAAGCCUCCAACACCAGUGAAAGAGGUGCCGACUCCACCAGAGUCACAGGUCCAACCAGAGGAUACUUCCAACACAAUGUAUCGCCACACCGACCGACAGAGGAAGAAGUCCAAAAUGACAGAUGAGGAGAUCCUGGAGAGACUCAGGAGUAUUGUGAGUGUGGGAGAUCCCAAAAAGAAGUAUACGCGCUUCGAGAAAAUAGGACAAGGAGCGUCCGGGACCGUCUACACUGCCAUCGACAUAGCAACAGGCCAAGAGGUGGCCAUCAAGCAGAUGAACCUGCAGCAGCAACCUAAGAAAGAGUUGAUCAUCAAUGAGAUCUUGGUGAUGAGGGAAAACAAAAACUCUAACAUAGUGAACUACCUGGACAGCUACCUGGUUGGAGAUGAGCUUUGGGUUGUGAUGGAAUAUUUGGCCGGGGGCUCUUUGACAGAUGUAGUGACAGAGACCUGCAUGGACGAGGGCCAGAUUGCUGCAGUCUGCAGAGAGUGUCUGCAAGCCUUGGACUUUCUGCACUCCAACCAGGUUAUCCACAGAGAUAUAAAAAGUGACAACAUCCUCUUGGGUAUGGAUGGAUCCGUCAAGCUCACCGACUUUGGCUUCUGUGCUCAGAUCACUCCAGAGCAGAACAAGCGCAGCACGAUGGUGGGAACGCCCUACUGGAUGGCGCCAGAAGUGGUGACUCGGAAGGCUUACGGCCCAAAAGUGGAUAUUUGGUCUCUGGGCAUCAUGGCGAUAGAGAUGGUGGAAGGAGAGCCUCCCUAUCUGAAUGAAAAUCCACUCAGGGCACUUUACCUGAUAGCAACCAACGGAACUCCAGAGCUGCAGAACCCAGAAAAGCUGUCAAGUGUGUUCAGAGACUUCCUCAACCGCUGUCUAGAGAUGGACGUGGACCGCAGAGGCUCUGCCAAGGAGCUGCUUCAGCAUUCCUUCCUCAAACUGGCAAAGCCUCUCUCCAGUCUGACGCCUCUGAUUGUAGCUGCGAAGGAAGCCAUAAAGAACAGCAGUCGUUAA